AAAACUGAUCUGAGUCUCUGUGUCGUCUGUCUGUGUGCGAGUGAACAACCGUCCAAAUGGCUCAACAGGGAGUUCUGCUGGACCAGGACCAGUUCUGUUGUUCUGUCUGUCUGGAUCUACUGAAGGAGCCGGUCACUAUUCCCUGUGGACACAGUUACUGUAGGAGCUGUAUUGAGGGCUGCUGGGAUCAGGAUGUUCUGAAAGGGGUCUAUAGCUGUCCUCAGUGCAGAGAGACCUUCACUCCAAGGCCUAAUCUGAGGAAAAAUAACAUGUUGGCUGAGCUGGUGGAGAAACUGAAGAAGACAGGACUCCAGGCUGCUCCCCCUCCUGCUCUGUGCUAUGCUGGACCUGGAGAUGUGGUGUGUGAUUUCUGCACUGGGACCAGAAAGCAGAAAGCCCUCAUGUCCUGUCUGGUGUGUCUGGCCUCUUACUGUGAGACUCACCUCCAACCUCACUAUGAAUUUCCUGCUUUGAAAAAGCACAAGCUGGUCAAAGCCACCGCACAGCUACAGGAGAAGAUCUGCUCUCAUCAUGACAAACUGCUGGAGGUUUACUGUCGUACCGAUCAGCAGUGUAUCUGUUAUCAGUGUGUGAUGGAUGAACAUAAAGGCCAUGAUACAGUGUCAGCUUCAGCAGAGAGGACUGAGAAACAGAGGCAGCUGGGGAUGAGUCAGCAGAAGGUCCAGCAGAGAUUCCAGGAGAGAGAGAAGGAGCUGAAGGAGCUCCAACAGGCUGUGGAGUCUUUCAAGCGCUCUGCACAGUCAGCAGUGGAAGACAGUGAUCAGAUCUUUACUGAGCUGAUCCACUCCAUUGAGAGAAGGAGCUCUGAGGUGAAGGAGCUGAUCAGAGCCCAAGAGAAGGCUCAAGUGAGUCAAGCUGAAGGACUCCUGAAGCAACUGAAGCAGGAGAUAGCUGAGCUGAGGAAGAGAAGCACUGAGCUGGAGCAGCUCUCACACACAGAGGAUCACAUCCAUUUCCUCCAGAGGUAUCAGUCUCUCUCUCUCCAGAGGUAUCAGUCUCUCUCCAGUAUCAGUGUAUCUUCAGACUUACCCAGCAUCGUUGUCCGUCCUCUUCACUACUUUGGAGAUGUGAGUAAGACUGUGUCUGAACUGAGAGAGAAACUAGAAGACUUCCUUAAAGGAGAAUGGACCAAGAUCUCCACUACAGUGAAUAUAGUGGAUGUUGUACUGCCUCCAGAGCCCAAGACCAGAGAACAGUUGUUACAAUAUUCCUGUCAGCUCACACUGGACCCAAACACAGCAAACACAGACCUCUCUCUGUCUGAAGGGAACAGAAAGGUGACACGUACAGGCCAAGACCAACCAUAUCCUGUCCAUCCAGACAGAUUCUCCAUCUGGUGUCAGGUUCUGUGUAGAGAGGGUCUGUCUGGACGCUGUUACUGGGAGGUGGAGAAGACUGAUGAUGUUAUUCCAGCAGUCUCAUAUAAAGACAUCAGCAGAACAGGGACAAAUAGUAGAUUUGGACACAAUAACAAGUCCUGGAGUUUAGAGUACUAUAGAGGUGGUUAUUGUUUCAGACACAAUAAUGUUGAGACUAAAGUAUCAGGCCCUCAGUCCUCCAGAGUAGGAGUGUACCUGGAUCACAAGGCAGGUACUCUGUCCUUCUACAGUGUCUCUGACACAAUGACCCUCCUCCACAGAGUCCAGACCACAUUCACUCAGCCACUUUAUCCUGGGUUUUGGCUCAAUGUUCUUUUCUUUGGUACUGCUGAGCUGGUUAAACUGUAGUAGGGUCCACAUAGAUACUAGUCAUGCUGGUGUAGUCUAUAGCUGAGCUGGUUAAACUGUAGUAGGGUCCACAUAGAUACUAGUCAUGCUGGUGUAGUCUAUAGCUGAGCUGGUUAAACUGUAGUAGGGUCCACAUAGAUACUAGUCAUGCUGGUGUAGUCUAUAGCUGAGCUGGUUAAACUGUAGUAGGGUCCACAUAGAUACUAGUCAUGCUGGUGUAGACUAUAGCUGAGCUGGUUAAACUGUAGUAGGGUCCACAUAGAUACUAGUCAUGCUGGUGUAGUCUAUAGCUGAGCUGGUUAAACUGUAGUAGGGUCCACAUAGAUACUAGUCAUGCUGGUGUAGUCUAUAGCUGAGCUGGUUAAACUGUAGUAGGGUCCACAUAGAUACUAGUCAUGCUGGUGUAGUCUAUAGCUGAGCUGGUUAAACUGUAGUAGGGUCCACAUAGAUACUAGUCAUGCUGGUGUAGUCUAUAGCUGAGCUGGUUAAACUGUCCAUACUGGACUUUACUAUGGUUCUACAUACAGUAUCUGUAUUGAUAGUCCAUACUGGUCUUUACUAUGGUUCUACAUACAGUACCUGUAUUGAUAGUCCAUACUGGUCUUUACUAUGGUUCUACAUACAGUGUCUGUAUUGAUAGUCCAUACUGGUCUUUACUAUGGUUCUACAUACAGUACCUGUAUUGAUAGUCCAUACUGGUCUUUACUA